AUAGCCAUGCCAGCCAGCGACCUCCGCCCGCAGACGGCGGCGGCCCGGCCGCAGCCGCCGCCGCCGCAGCACCACCACCAGGCGUCGGACUACGAGCGGGAGGAGGAGGAGGAGUUCGUGUGGACGCAGAUAAAGGCGGAGGCCCGGCGCGACGCCGAGUCGGAGCCGGCGCUCGCGAGCUUCCUCUACUCGACGGUCCUCUCCCACGCCUCGCUCGCGCGGUCCAUCUCGUUCCACCUCGGCAACAAGCUCUGCUCCUCCACGCUGCUGUCGACGCUGCUGUACGACCUCUUCCUCGUCGCCUUCUCCUCCGACCCCGAGCUGCGCGCCGCCACCGUCGCCGACCUGCGCGCCGCCAGGGCCCGCGACCCGGCCUGCGUGUCGUUCUCCCACUGCCUCCUCAACUACAAGGGGUUCCUGGCUUGCCAGGCGCAACGAGUGGCUCAUAAGCUGUGGAAUCAGUCACGUCAGCCGCUGGCGCUCGCUCUUCAGUCUCGUAUAUCUGAUGUCUUUGCGGUCGACAUACAUCCGGCCGCUAAAAUCGGCAAAGGGGUCUUGUUCGAUCACGCGACGGGAGUGGUGGUCGGCGAAACAGCCGUGAUCGGGAACAACGUGUCCAUUCUACACCAUGUUACUCUCGGCGGAACGGGUAAGGCGGGUGGCGAUAGGCAUCCUAAGAUCGGGGAUGGGGUCCUGAUCGGAGCAGGUGCGACGAUACUAGGGAAUGUGAAGAUUGGAGAGGGAGCGAAGAUUGGGGCUGGAUCGGUUGUGCUGAUCGACGUGCCACCUAGGACAACCGCAGUGGGAAACCCGGCGAGGCUGGUGGGAGGAAAGGAGAAGCCAAAGGAGCACGAGGAGGUUCCUGGAGAGUCCAUGGAUCACACUUCCUUCAUCUCCGAGUGGUCAGGUUACAUAAUCUAACAUGUUGGUUCCUCUAUUUUGUGCGCGUGAUGGUUUAGUUACAGACGAUGGUAUGAAUGUUUUGCUCGCUAUGCCGUUUUAGCACUCUUAUGUUUUAUUUAUGUUGGCCGAGGAAUACUGCACAGAUCGUGUCGUGAGCCUUGGAAUCGCUUCCCCGCAUGUAUGUGUAUUACCAUCAAACAUCAUCUUGUAUCAAUCAAUCCCCCCUGGCUUGAACUU